ACGUUCUUUGAUGUCGGCCUCGGCGCGUGCGGUAUCACCAGCACUGCCGACCAGAUGGUCAUUGCCAUUGCUCACGACACGUUUGACAACUACCCGGGCGCAACCGCAAACCCCAACUUGAACCCCAUCUGUGGUCAGCAGGUCCGCGCCUACUACAACGGCAAGUCCGUCGACGUCACCAUCGUCGACCGCUGCGCCGGCUGCAACGGUGCCUUCGACCUCGACUUCUCGCGCGGCGCCUUCGACAAGAUCGCCGAUGAGGGCCUCGGGCGCAUCCAAAUCACCUGGGACUGGCUG